AUGGAUAAUAGUUGGAUGACACUUGGUAAGACACCUAGAGACAGACUAAGUCAACAAUAUAUUGAUGGGGUGAAUUCAUUUCUUACUUUUGCAAUGACUGUUGUGGACCGAAGUGGAAAAAUUCUGUGCCCAUGUAUUGACUGUUUGAAUUGCUAUCAACAACAUGCUCACAUUGUGCAAAGUCAUUUGCUUCAUCGUGGGAUUAUGCAAGAUUAUACUAAGUGGUACUAUCAUGGAGAACCCCGUGAAUUAAAUGAGCACAUUGGUGAUGAAGAAAUGUCAGACAAUGAUCAUCUGGAUGGUAUUGAUGCCUUGGUGGAGGAUCGAAUUAGAGGGGAACCAAGAGAUACCACCCAGCAAGAUGAGGAAGUGCGUAAUUUUGAUAAAAUGUUUAGUGAUUCAAAGCAUGAGCUAUAUCCAGGUUGCACAGAUUACACUCUUUUGAAGUUUGUCAUUGAAAUGCUAAAUGUGAAGGUAACAACCAACUUGAGUAAUAAGGGGCUUGACAUGAUACUAGACUUGUUGAGUAAGAUUUACCGAAAGGAAAAUGAAAACCUUGAUAAAGGUCCGGCGUGUCAAACGCCUAGAUACAAGGAUAACAGAACAGGUGGUAAGAAGAUUGCUCAAAAAGUAUUGCGCUACUUUCCAUUGACUCCGAGGUUGCGGAGAUUAUACAUGUCUAGAAAAAGAGUUGAGGACAUGAGAUGGUACAUAGAAAAACGGGUGAAUGAUGGGAUAUUAAGGCAUCCAGCUAAUAGUCAGGAGUGGAAGGAGUUUGAUUUGAAACAUCAUGAGUUUGCCCUAGAACCUCGCAAUGUGAGGUUAGGAAUGGCUACAGAUGGUUUUAAUCAUUUUGGGAAUAUGAACUAUAACUACAGUAUGUGGCCUGUCAUCCUCAUUCCCUAUAACCUACCACCUUGGUUAAUUAUGAAAGAACCUUAUUUUAUGAUGUCCUUACUUAUUCCUGGACCCAAUCAACCAGGAAAUGAGCUUGAUGUUUUAUUGAGGCCAUUGGUUGAUGAGUUGAAGGAGUUGUGGGAAGAGGGUGCACACACUUACGAUGCAUCUUGUGGUAUGCAUUUUCAGAUGCGUGCUGCUUUGUUGUGGACAAUACAUGACUAUCCUGGAUUCGGUAAUGUGUUUGGAUGGAGGACAAAGGGUUAUCAUGCUUGUUACACUUGCAAUGAUGAACCAUAUUCGGAGACAUUGGAAAGUAAAAUUGGAUACACUAACCAUCGUGCCUACUUGCCUAUGGACCACCCUUGGCGAAGGAGUUGCUCAUUCAAUGGUAAAAUUGAGAAACGGAUGAGAUCAUUGGAGUUACCGGUGGAAAAGAUAAAUGAGCAAUUUGACCGAAUGCCAAAUAUAAUUUUAGGAAAGGAUCUAAACAACAAGAAAAAGCGUCCAAUUAUUGGGGGACCGAAUUGGUCAAAGAAAAGUAUCCUAUACAAGCUACCAUACUGGAGGAAUAAGAAGCUUAAACACAAUAUUGAUGUCAUGCAUGUUAAGAAAAAUAUUAGUGAGAGUAUAUUCAGAACUUUGUUGGGAAUUGAGGGGAAAAACAAGGACACAGACAAGGCACGCAAGGACUUGAAAAAUAUGGGCAUAAGGAGUGUUUUGCACCUCCAAGAACGUUCUGAUGGAUCAUUUGACAAGUCUCGUGCCUUCUUUUCAUUGUAUCCUGAAGAAAUGGAUGGUUUUUAUGAAUUUUUGAAAUCAGUCAAGUAUCCAGAUGGCUAUGCAGCAAACAUAUCGAGGUUUCUUGGAACGUUGAAAAGAUACGUUUCCAACCGAGCUCGACUAGAAGGUUCAAUUGCAGAGGCUUACAUUCUUAAAGAGUGUAUUACUUUCUCGUCAUUAUAUCUUGAUGGAGCUGAAACCGUGCAUAAUCGAAGGGAAAGAAAUGCUGAUUGUGGUGAAUAUGGCCAAGGGUUGACGAUUUUCUCACAAACAGCUCGACCUACCGGGUCUAGGCAGAAUGAUGUGGGAAUGUCACGUGAAUUGCGUGAUAUUGCUCAGUGGUAUUUGUUGUACAAUUGUCCCGAGUUGGAGCCGUAUUUAGAUUGCAGAAAUGGUCAAAAAGGGCAAAGACACUCAUAAUAAAAUAACAGAAUAUGAGAUGGAAAGAGCACAAAGAAUCAAGCAAAACCAAGAGAGAAUAGAUGCUUUGAGAUUGAAGCAUCUGUCAACUUUUCUGCCUAAAUGUGCAAAUGUGGGAAGAAAGAGAGUAAGUGUUCAGGUAGAUGACGACGACUAUGUACUAGCUAUUGGUGAUGAUGAGUUAUCUAGUUCUUUAAUAAUGAG